AUGGCACGCAAUUGGCUUCUAGCUGGCUAUAUUGGAGCUAUACUCUUAAACCCUGCGCUUAUUACUGCGCUCCCAGCUCCAACGCCCCCGGAUAUUCCAACAGCUUCUACAGCUCAGAAUGAGCUAUCCGCUUUGAAAGUUGCUGCGCAGGGCUCACAAGAUGGCUACUCAAGAGAUAAAUUCCCCCACUGGAUCACUCAGAGCGGAACCUGUGAUACCCGUGAGGUUGUCCUGAAGCGAGAUGGAUCGGGUGUAGUUCAGAGUUCCAGCUGUGCUGCGACUAGUGGGACAUGGUAUUCACCAUACGAUGGAGCUACCUGGACUCAGGCGAGCGAUGUAGAUAUUGAUCACCUUGUUCCGCUGUCCAAUGCGUGGAAGUCUGGUGCAUCUGAGUGGUCUACUGCUGACCGCCAGGCUUUUGCUAAUGAUCUUACUCACCCACAGUUGGUGGCGGUGACAGAUAAUGUCAACUCUGCUAAGGGUGAUAAGGGGCCGGAGGAAUGGAAGCCUCCUCUUGCUUCUUAUUAUUGCACUUAUGCGGAGAUGUGGGUUAAGGUCAAGUCAGUCUAUAGUCUCACUAUUACUGCUGAUGAGAAAUCGGCUCUUGCUAGCAUGUUGGAUACUUGCUAG